ACUACCAGCUCUCUGCCCAUUGAUUGGUUGCAAAGCUAACUCAUCUUCUUCCGUAUAACGUGGCGGUUGAUCUGCAAUAGUACAUAAAAUUUUCGUAAUUUAAAAUGGCCACAGAAAGUGUAAAAUGUUCUGUUGUAGCGGAAAAUGAAGAAGAACAACUUGAGUCUGCCGACACCACGGAAAAGGUAACGCAAGUAUUGGAUACUUUCAGCGAAACGAAAAAUCAAACGGAAGAUCAAUUAAAUGAAGAAAACCCAGUAAACGAGACACAAGAGAUUGUAAAUGCGAAGAGUAAUGAUGAAGAGAGUAAAAGUGAAAAUGUAACAGUAGACGAACGAAUGGAAACGAAUUUUCCUGAUAAACCUAAAUCCGAUUCAGAAACUAAAGUUCCAAAUACGAAGCAUGAAUACGAAGAGUAUAUAAGUUAUGAUGCAGAUGGCUGUGCCAUUUAUACAGAUCCGAACACUAAAUGUCGCUAUACAUGGAGUUCUGUUAAAAACACUUGGACACUAUGUAAUGAAAAAUUAGAUGGUGAUAACAAGACCAUAUACGAAAACGAACAUUAUCGUUGGUGUAGUGAAACUCAAAAAUGGUUACCCAAACAAGUUAGUCAGCGGGAACAACAAACCGAAACUGAACAUUAUAAAUGGAACGCAGAGAAACAAGCUUGGAUACCGAAACAAUUAUCAGAGAAAUCAUCAGGUGCGGCUAACGAAGCUCGCUACGACGUCGAUGAAGAUGGUCAACGGAUUUACAUUGAUAAAGAUGGUAGCAUAUUUUUCUGGGAUACUGAAAAAAAUGCUUGGUUUCCGAAAAUUGAUGAUGAUUUUAUGGCCCGAUAUCAAAUGAAUUACGGUUUUAAUGACCUUAAGGAAAAUGAUCAAAGUGAAGAAGAAACCCGAAAUUCCCAAAAUGUUGCCAUUACAAAAAGCGAAGAGCCAAGAGAAACGGAAGAAGUUAAAUCCAGCGGGGAAUCGAGCGAAAUGAAUAAGCAAUGCUCUAAGCGCAGACAGCAGCAAGAGGCCCCAAAGUGGUUUGAUAUUGAUCCGGCUCAUAAUACCAAAGUAUAUGUUUCGAAUUUGCCGUUAGAUAUUACUUUGGAUGAAUUCGCCGAACUAAUGGGUAAAUGUGGUCUAAUAAUGCGUGAUCCUCAAUCUCAAAAGUACAAAUUAAAAUUGUACACCGAGGCCGAUGGACAAAUUAAGGGCGAUGGCUUAUGCGAUUAUAUAAAGGUGGAAUCUGUAGAUUUAGCUCUCAAAAUACUUGAUGAGUAUAUAUUGCGUGGCCAUAAGAUACGUGUGCAAAGAGCUAAAUUUCAAAUGAGGGGCGAAUAUAAUCCGGCAUUGAAACCCAAACGGAAAAAGAAAGACAGAGAGAAAUUAGCAAAAAUCAAAGAGAAACUUUUCGAUUGGCGGCCGGAAAAAAUGCGUGGCGAACGCUCUAAACAUGAAAAGGUCGUAAUUAUAAAAAAUCUUUUCCAUCCAGAAAUAUUUGAGAAUGAGGUUCAGUUAAUAUUAGACUAUCAAAAUGAUUUAAGAGAAGAAUGUAGCAAAUGCGGUCAAGUGCGUAAAAUAAUUAUAUACGAUCGACAUUCAGAAGGAGUUGCUCAGGUGAAUAUGUCGACACCCGAAGAAGCUGAUUUAGUGAUACAAAUGAUGGCAGGACGUUUCUUUGGUAAACGUCAGCUAACCGCCGAACAUUGGGAUGGUAAAACCAAAUAUAAAACUGAGGAGUCGGAAGUCGAAAUAGAGAAACGUCUUAAUAAAUGGGAUCAAUUCCUUGAAAGUGAAGAGAAUAGAACUGAAGUUGUAGAAAAUUCCAUUAAUAUAAGUAAACCUGCUAAAGAAAUUGUGGAAGCAGAACUAUAAUGAAAUAAUGCAGAGUUUAUUCAUUAAGUAAAUAAAAUUUGAGUUUGUUAAUAAACUAAAA